ACACACACACACACACACACACACACACACACACACACACACACGGACCGGUACAGACUUAGCGCGAUUCCCACCAUGGUGCGAGCCAUCAAUCAAUAGUCCCUUCUAGAUUAGACUUAAGCACGGUUUACACGCUACGAUAAAUUGUAGCGAUUUAUUGUAAUGAAAAGGUUGUUACAAUUUGUCGUUACGUGUAAACAGGAGAUCGUAGCGAUUUAUUGGAGUUGGAAUUGGAUUGAGUGGUUGGUGCCAGCAGGCUCAAAUCUAUAUGCAUCGUAACGACAAGUUUGAACGUGUAAACAAGGUUCCAAGAUAUCGUUACAAUCUAGCUCAUUUUCAGAUUGACUGCUGAAGUGUGAAGUCCUGGUGCGCAAGAGCUAAUUCGAAAUAUAAACUUAAUACACAGUGAUGGCAAAGCAAACACCUCAUGAGUUCUUAAGUGAAUUCAUUGAACUUUAUCGGAGUUUUCCGUGUUUGUGGAAGAUAAAGUCCCACAAAUACUCUGAUAGGAACAAAAAGGACCUGGCCUAUGCAGAACUAGUGAAGAAAUACAGAGUUUGAUCCUUUAGCUGAAAGAAACACUGUUGUCAAAAAAAUAAAUUCACUACGGACUGUUUACAACAAAGAGAAGGCAAAAGUGACCACCUCGAUGAAAUCAGGCGCAGGGUCAGAGGAGGUAUACAAGCCUAGUUUAUGGUAUUAUGACCUGCUUCACUUCUUGUAUGAUCAAGACUCAGCAAGAUCUGCUAGGAGUACAAUGGAUGAUGAGGACAAACGAAAAGAAAAUGAGGAAGGUUUUGAAUCUCAAGAUGUACAACAACAGGAUGAUCCUGGCGAAACUCCUCAUCCUUCACCGGCUUUGUCAGAGUCAGAUUCUAAUGAACCAGGUACAUCACGAACCCCUACACCAAAACCAAUAGCACCUCGCCCAAAACGGAAACAGCAGCUGACUCCAACAGAUGAACUCAUACAGCUAACGGGGCAACAUUUAAAAUCUCUUCGUCCUGAUGACGAAUUCGAGGCCUAUGGAAAGUAUAUAGCUCAUAAGCCACGCUCCCUUAAAGGUAUGCAGGCUGAAUUUGCUCGAAAACUAAUUAAUGACGUUAUUUUUCAAGGGGAGAUUGAGGAACUUGAUAAGGACUUCAAAGUUACGAAAAUUCAAUGUCAAACAUCAUUAAUUAGAAAUGACUUCCGGGGACUAUGCCCUCAACAAAAUAGCCCUUACCAUCAUCAGUCCUAUGAUCCUCAAGUAUACUACCCUCAACAACAGAACAGUCGACCUUCCAAUAACAUUCUGCAACUUAACACGAUGCCUCUAAACCCUCAAACAAUUGGUUGUGAUCAGAUGCGCACUCAAUAUACCAUCAAUCAACAAGCAGAACCUCAACUGGCUGUUUCUAAAGAAACUACUCACUUAACAGACUGAACCCAAGAAGACAGUGGAUAAUAAUGUAUCUACUUAUUUUUCAAAUUUUACGGUGUAGUAGAACUUAUUUAGUGUUUAAGAUGUUCUUUGUUUACCAUUUGAUGUUUUUUUUUUUCCUUAUAAAAAGGAAUGUGUCAAAUAACAAUAAAAUAUUAUGUUUCUGAACUUAUUUAGUGUUUAAGAUGUUCUUUGUUUACCAUUUGAUGUUUUUUUUUCCUUGUAAAAAGGAAUGAGUCAAAUAACAAUAAAAUAUUAUGUUUCUGAAAAAUAAAUGCAUUAUAACUGUUUAUUACUUUAUCUGUAUGAAAUUCUUGAGCACUUGGUAAAUAGCCUCGCACGUUUCUGGGAUUAUUAUUGAGAGAGAGGGUUUUGAUAUGGCUGUUGAGUAUUCCAUGUCUUUUAAGCUUCUUCCGGUUGCAAGGAAUCUUAGGGUGGCGGUUAAUUUUUCAUGUGGAGAUAUUGAUUUUCUCAUAACUGUGUCUUGUUUCCUUAUUAAUGGAGAAACUAAAUUUAAUAAUUCCAUAUAAGUGUCUUCUCCCAUUCUCAAAUAAUUUCACCAGUCAUUCGGCUCAUCUCUCAAUGUAUCCAACAGAGUUAUAUGAGAAAACACUUGUUUUUUCAUUAACCAAUCACGGCUCCAUUUCCUUUUUGAUUUUCGUUUUUUUCUUGAUCUUUCUCCCACUAAACACAUCCCAAAUGCAGACCACCAUAAUGUUUCUUCCAUGACGGUCAAGUAAAGAC